ACACGCGCCGCCACCGUCACUCCUCCUCCUGCCGGCUUCCUCCCUCUCCGUGCGCUCGGCUCUCCUCCUUGUCUUCAGACUUGCCUGCCUGUCACUUCGCUGCUGCUGUGUCGGAGGCUUCCCUCCUCUCGGACCCCCCGAACGAGAGUCAGCCACCAACACCACCACCGUCGUCGUCCUAUCCUGAGGCUCGGGCGCUCCAACCAUGGCGACCACCGCUACGUCUACCCGGUUCACUGACGAGUACCAGCUGUACGAGGAGCUCGGGAAGGGAGCUUUUUCAGUGGUGCGCAGAUGUGUAAAGAAGUCGUCCGGACAGGAAUAUGCCGCAAAAAUCAUAAACACCAAGAAGCUGUCUGCACGAGACCAUCAGAAGCUGGAGCGUGAGGCUCGAAUCUGCCGGCUGCUCAAACACCCCAACAUCGUGCGACUGCAUGACAGCAUUUCAGAGGAAGGCUUUCAUUACCUCGUCUUUGACCUGGUGACAGGAGGGGAGCUUUUUGAAGACAUCGUAGCCAGAGAGUACUACAGCGAGGCCGACGCCAGUCAUUGCAUUAGUCAGAUCUUGGAGAGUGUCAAUCAUAUCCACCAGCAUGAUAUUGUGCACAGAGACCUCAAGCCUGAGAACCUGUUGUUGGCCAGUAAGAUGAAGGGAGCUGCAGUGAAGCUGGCAGACUUUGGCCUCGCUAUUGAAGUGCAAGGAGACCAGCAGGCUUGGUUUGGCUUUGCGGGCACGCCUGGCUAUCUCUCCCCGGAAGUCCUUCGGAAGGACCCCUACGGCAAGCCUGUGGACAUAUGGGCUUGUGGUGUUAUUCUCUAUAUAUUGUUAGUUGGAUAUCCUCCAUUCUGGGAUGAAGAUCAGCACAAACUCUAUCAGCAGAUCAAAGCUGGGGCCUACGACUUUCCUUCCCCCGAGUGGGACACGGUAACCCCCGAAGCGAAGAACCUGAUCAACCAGAUGUUGACCAUCAACCCGGCCAAGAGAAUCACUGCCGAGCAGGCUCUCAAGCACCCGUGGGUCUGCCACCGCUCCACAGUGGCGUCCAUGAUGCACAGACAGGAAACUGUCGAGUGUCUUCGCAAGUUCAAUGCUCGCCGAAAACUCAAGGGAGCCAUCCUCACCACCAUGCUGGUGUCCAGAAACUUCUCAGUGGGCCGGCAGCAUACCAACUCUGCUGCUGCCGCCUCCUCCACUGCCUCACUGGCUCAGGAAGCAUGCAAAAGUUUACUCAACAAGAAAUCCGACUCUGCUAAGCCUUCCACCAACAACAGUAAGAACAGUAUAGUGAGCGCCAUCAGUGCCCUGAAAGACACCAACGCCCAGAUGGAAUCUCAAAGCACGGUGGUGCACAACCCUCCUGAUGGCGUCAAGGGAUCAACAGAGAGCAACGCCACCAAUGACGAGGAGGAAAUGAAAGGUAGGCAAGCCGACAGUACAGCGCUGAGUCAGAGCAGCGCCACAGAGGAGAUGCCCCUACUUCUGCCCUCACCUCAAAGUUCAUCAGCUAUACCACCGCAUGACGUAAAGCGCAUGGCUUGGAACAGCACGGGCAACAGCAGCUCCUGCCCCGACUCGGAGCUGUCACAGCCCUGCGCCGCGCCCCCUGCUUCCAUAGCGGGUGACUCUGUCCCUGCUAAAAGCGACAACGCUAAGCAGACUCGCAAACAGGAGAUCAUCAAGAUCACUGAGCAGCUGAUCGAAGCCAUCAACAAUGGCGACUUUGAUGCUUACACGAGGAUUUGCGAUCCUGGACUUACUUCCUUUGAACCUGAGGCCCUGGGCAACCUGGUGGAAGGCAUGGACUUUCACAAGUUCUACUUUGACAAUUUGCUAAGCAAGAACAACAAGCCAGUGCACACCACCUUGCUCAACCCCCAUGUGCACCUGAUCGGCGAGGACGCCGCCUGCAUUGCCUACAUCCGCCUCACGCAGUUUGUGGACCUCACCGGCCGCCCGCGCUCCAGCCAGUCAGAGGAGACCCGGGUGUGGCACCGCCGCGAUGGAAAGUGGCUCAACGUUCACUUCCACUGCUCAGGAGCGCCCGCCGCGCCACUACAGUGAUCAGUGGUCCUGAGCCUCCACCCUGCUGGAGGCGUUUUGGGGGGCAGUUUUUUUCAACGAGUGUGUUUCGGGGAGGGGGCUCGUCCCCUGCAUGGAUGAGCUCGUGCCAGCGGCCCAGCCGGGCCAGAUCGCAUCCUUCUCCACGAUACCAACCAAUCCUGUCUCUCUUUUGACCCGCCGGGGGUGGUUUCAGCUGAGCACAAGGCAACGCCCGCCCUCCCACAACCGCCGCUGCCGCCUCCACCCCUCCCCCAUCCCCGUGGGACGAUGCAUGCAUCUUGGCACAUGACUACUUGUGGAGGGCGCGUCUUUGCCCUCUGACCCUCCCCCUCGGCAGCCAUCUUUCUUGCGCCCGCAUGAGAUGGGACGUCCCGGGGGAGGAGCUGAUUUCCAGUUGUGACAGUUUAUGAGUUAUGAUGAAUAUACUGUGUAAAUUAUUACUAGAUGUUUCAGAAACCACCAAAACCCAACCAAGCAUUUAUAUUCACGUUUUUUUUGUUAGUUUUUUUAGAGGCAUGUGACCCAGAAGUUUACGGAGCGAGAUGAUGACCCACGUUCCACUAGAGAAAAGAGAAGACAAAAAAACGCAUCAAGGGGGAGGAGGCGAAGGGGGGUGGGCGGGUGUUGAGUCAGAGAUGAUGAAACUUGAUAUCAAAAACAUGAAGCACCAAAGUGUAGGAUUUUGGGUGGAGGGGGCUCUGAUUUAAUGAUUUACGGUUGCGUGUUCUGUUGUGUUUUUAGCGUCCUGUGACGAGCCUUUUUUGUUUCAUCUGAGUGAUAUUCGAAGCUACUUUUUAACAGUUUUUAGAGAAACAAGAAAAAAAGGGAUUUUAUUGUGUAAGCUUUCCUGCGCACGUCCUGUCUUGUCUGUAUGCAACAGGGGGCGGUAGAGGGCACUUGGGUGGGGUGGCCUAGAGUAAGGCGUUUGCAUGUUGGUCCACUGCCGCCUCCUCGUCCGUCCUUUUUUUUUUUUUUUUUUUUUUUUGCCUUGUUUGCCUCUUUUGUCCCACCUUUGCUUCCUGCCAGGGCCUAGUUUGUUUAUAAUCACUGUGUAUAUACAGUGUGUGUAUAGAUAUAUGUAGAAAAGUGUAUCAUAUGUACAUGCAUCCUGUGCACCUACACAUGGAGGCUAGGGGGGACCCACCCACCUCAUGACUGUUCCUACCCUCCCUAAAAGAGAGUCCCGUGGCCACAAACGGUUUGUUUUUGGAGGCCGCCACUUUUUAAACAUAUCACACGCACGCCUGGUGCUGUGUUCAAGCAUAUUCGCACCGCCGCCCGCCAGCACCCCAGUGUUGUGUGACCACUACCCCCACCCUCGCUGUGCCGUUCGUCACCAUUCUCCACCACCACCAGCUUUUGUUUUCCCGUCAGUUUUGUCUUUUUAUUUUGCUUUUGUCUUGGUAAUUCGCCAAGCUGGAGUUCUGCACGGGAUGCAGGAAGUGAACACGAUGCACGCAGAGAUGGCUUUGGACUGGGGGGGUCAUUCAAUUACAAUCCGCUGCCCCCUGGUGGUUUUAAAAAGAAUUGUGCCUGCUCAGAGAGCUAGGGAGGGGGUUCCUAGGGCAGCCAAGCAGGUGCAUUAGUUAUUAUGAUUCUGAUGAUUAUUAUUAUGCAUGUUUCAGUUACGCAUUUCUACCAUGUACGUACGUGAAUGAAGAUGGCGCUAGUGUUAUUAUGAUACUUGCAUCUUUUGAAAUGUCCUCCAUCUCGAAUGUUGACUAGGUGACAUGACAGUUUUUAUUUAAAAAAAAAAACAACAAAGUUUCAAUAAUUAAAAAAAAAAAAAAAAGGAUUCAGGAGCCGUACCGUGGUAUGAGGCCCUCUGUUUUCCCCCCGCGUUGUAACGGUAUGAUUGUUGGGCUGCGCUUUCUCCCCUCUUGCCCCCCCACCACCCCUUUGCUAGCCUUCACGCGGACGCUGGAGUUUUUUUGCAUGAUGAUCAUGAUGUACAAUGAAAUACAACCAUAACUUGACGACUAUAAAGUGUUUGUCUCAGUGUUAGUUGGUCUUCAUACUAGCUUUGUUAUUCUUCACACUUGGAUCUUGAAAGUAUUUAAUAAAAAUACUAUGUCAGCAUCAA